CCGCCGAACCCGUGUAUGGACGAGGCGAGGAAGGAGGCGGAAAUGGUGAUGUUUGGUGCCAUUGACGAGUUGCUGGAGAAGACUGGGGUGAAGCCUAAGGAUAUUGGGAUUUUGGUGGUGAACUGCAGCUUGUUCAAUCCGACGCCGUCUUUGUCCGCCAUGGUUGUGAAUCACUACAAGCUUAGAGGGAAUAUUGUGAGCUACAAUCUUGGUGGGAUGGGUUGCAGUGCUGGCCUUAUUUCUAUCGACCUUGCCAAACAGCUUCUCCAGGUGCACCCAAACUCUUAUGCCCUAGUGGUAAGCAUGGAGAACAUCACCCUCAAUUGGUACUUCGGCAAUGACCGCUCAAUGCUUCUCUCCAACUGCCUCUUCCGAUUGGGCGGUGCUGCCAUCCUCCUCUCCAACCGUUCCUCUGACCGCCGCCGCUCAAAGUACCAACUCAUGCAUACUGUCCGCACCCAUAAAGGUUCAGAUGACAAAGCAUACAGCUGUGUUUUCCAAAAGGAAGAUGACACAAAAAGAGUCGGUGUUGCUCUCUCAAAAGACUUGAUGGCUGUUGCUGGAGAAGCCCUUAAAACCAACAUCACCACACUUGGCCCAAUAGUCCUACCCAUGUCAGAGCAACUCCUCUUCUUUGUUACUUUGGUGGCAAGAAAGGUGUUCAAGAUGAAGAAUAUCAAACCCUACAUCCCGGAUUUCAAGCUGGCGUUCGAACACUUCUGCAUUCAUGCUGGUGGGAGAGCAGUGCUGGAUGAGAUGGAGAAGAACCUUGAGCUCAGUGACUGGCACAUGGAGCCUUCGAGAAUGACACUUUAUAGGUUUGGGAACACUUCAAGCAGCUCUUUGUGGUAUGAACUGGCUUACUCUGAGGCCAAGGGAAGAGUGAGGAGGGGUGAUAGGAUGUGGCAGAUUGCGUUCGGGUCGGGUUUCAAGUGUAACAGUGCUGUGUGGAGGGCUUUGAGGACUGUUAAUCCAGCUAAAGAGCAGAACCCUUGGAUUGAUGAGAUAGAUCAAUUUCCUGUUGAUGUGCCUAAAGUGGCAAAAUGCAAGGCUUCGUAAUUAACUAAAACCUCAUUCUUUGGGGGAAGAAAAUGUUAACUGUAUGAGUACUAUAGGUCUAUAACUCAUACAGCGUUUGGUGUUUCUUUGUGAUGCUGAUUCAUUUAAUGUAAUUUUUUCAUAAUGUUUGGUUGUUACGAAAACAUAACAAUACAAAUGCCUUGAGAUCCGAAACCAGGUCCCCCAAGUUCUACAGCAACAGAGCAAUGAACAGGGGUGAUAGAGUUUACAACAGAUUA